UUUUCAAUCCAUAAACAAAAAAAUAACUGCUAGUGCAUUUAUCAAACGUUUUGUAGAUAUAUUUGGAAUAACAUGGAAAAGUGUCCGGUUUGGUCCAGGGUCGAGAAUAAGGGUGAAGGUAAGAUGUAUGGGUUGUUACUGGAAAGCGUACAAUUUUAUGUGAUACAGGACGUGGGAGAGGAGACAUGGAAGAAAAUACUCGAACAUGCAGGUGUUAAAAACAUUGUUUUCACAACUCAUAACACAUAUCGCGAUGAGCUGAUGACUAUACUAGCCCAAAGUUGUUGUCACGUGACAGGAACGAAGGACUACAAUCAGUGGAUGACAUUCUUUGGAACCUGCUUUGUCGAAUUCUGUCGAAGUUACGGUUAUGACAAACUUCUUCGUGUGACGGGUAGAAACUACAGGGAUUUCUUACACGGAAUAGAUAAUAUACAUGAAGUGAUAAGGUUUAGCUAUCCAAGGUUACAAAGUCCCGCCUUUUUAGUGUUGAGUGAGGACAAGGAUGGGUGUGUUAUGUUAUAUCAGACGAAACGGCGGGGAUUUAAGCAUUAUGUGAUAGGUCAAUUGCAACAGGUAGCCAAACGGUUUUAUGAUAUUCAUGUUACUAUAACUGUUAUAGAAGAGGAAUUAAUUGACAGAAAAACUCAUGUGAAAUUCAGACUGGAUUUUGACAAUUCACCAUAUGUUCCGAAGUAUGCGCCAAAACUACACUCAGGGAAUCAAAACUUCUCAAGUAUUACGGGUGAUACAUUCCUAAAA